CAUUCCCUCCGGUCCGCUCCCAUCACCGCCUCUCUGCACGCUCUGCCUCCUUCCUUCUCGGGUGUCACCCCUAGAACUCGCUUUCAGUGACCAGCCCCUGCUGCAGGGCUCCACUUCCGCCCCAGUCCUGACACGGGGCCCUGAGCGGAAGUUCCCAUUUCUGUCCUUUCUGUUGGGCGUGCUUACGAUGACGUCAGGAAUUUCAGCCAAUGGGAGCCAAACAGGAAGUGCCGCUCUGCGCGUGAGGUGCCAGGUAUAAAAGACGGCCGCGCAGCCACAGCCGCUCACGACGCCGCAGACCGCGGAGCCUGCUCGUGUUGGGGUGCCGUGAGGCCGCAGACCCCGGAGCCUGCUCAGGUCGGGGCGCCGUGAGGCCGCAGACCCCGGAGCCUGCUCGCGUCGGGGCCUCCGUGAGGCCGCAGACCCCGGAGUCUGUUCACGUCGGGGCCUUGGUGAGGCCGCUGGACUAGCGGGCUUGGAAGCGCCUCGGCGGGAAAGGGACCCCCAACCCCUUUCGGGACCCUGUGAACGGGGACAGCCAUCCAGAGAGCUCAGGAAGGCGUCCGCGCCCUCACCUCUAGUCCCCAUGAGCUCCCAGGGAGCUGCGGUCCCGCCCGGCACAGCUCAGCCUUUAGGCCAAGCGGUGACUGCAGCAAGCCAAACAGCCCAGCAGCCCAGCAACCCAACCAUGCGGCGCCUCACAAUCGAUGACUUUGAAAUCGGGCGUCCCCUGGGCAAGGGGAAAUUUGGGAAUGUAUACCUGGCUCGGCUCAAGGAAAGCCAUUUCAUCGUGGCCCUGAAGGUUCUUUUCAAGUCGCAGAUAGAGAAGGAAGGACUGGAGCACCAGCUGCGCCGGGAAAUUGAGAUCCAGGCGCAUCUACAACACCCCAAUAUUCUACGCCUGUAUAACUACUUCCAUGAUGCGCGCCGGGUGUUCCUGAUUCUGGAAUAUGCUCCGAGGGGUGAGCUCUACAAGGAGCUGCAAAAAAGCGAGAAAUUAGAUGAACAGCGCACAGCCACGAUAAUAGAGGAGUUGGCAGAUGCGACCUACUGCCAUGAGAAGAAAGUGAUUCACAGAGAUAUUAAGCCAGAGAACCUACUGCUGGGGUUCAGGGGUGAGGUGAAGAUUGCAGAUUUUGGCUGGUCUGUGCACACCCCCUCCCUGAGGAGAAAGACAAUGUGUGGGACACUAGACUACUUGCCCCCAGAAAUGAUUGAGGGGAGAACAUAUGAUGAAAAGGUGGAUUUGUGGUGCAUUGGAGUGCUUUGCUAUGAGCUGCUGGUUGGAUAUCCACCUUUUGAGAGCACCUCCCACAGUGAGACUUACAGACGCAUCCUCAAGGUGGAUGUAAGGUUUCCACUAUCAAUGCCUGUAGGGGCCCAGGACUUGAUUUCCAAGCUUCUCAGAUACCAGCCCUUGGAGCGACUGCCCCUGGCUCAGAUCCUGAAGCAUGCCUGGGUUCAGGCCCAUUCCCGAAGGGUGCUGCCUCCCUGUGCUCAGAUGGCUUCUUGAGCCCUGUCUGCUUCUGUUUAUGUUUGCUCAGGGAGAUCUCCUAGCUCUGCCACCUCAUUUGUCUUUUUUUUUUUUUUCCUCUUUUAAGAUGUAAGAUGCUAGUUAAUAAAAGCUGAAUCAUUGUGUACCAGCUC